AUGUCUGAUCAGAACAAUAGUUAUAAGAGAGGCAAUGAAAACGAUAUGUCAAAGAUCCUGAACGAUGGCAUGUUUAAUGCCAAUGUCGAAAGAACAGUAGAUGAAGAGCAGGAUAUGGCACAACAUCAGAUGCAACAACCUCAAUCUAGUUUCAGUCAGAAUGCAUAUCAAUAUUUCACACCUGAACAAUGGCAUUAUCAGCAAUACUAUCAACAACAAUUGGCUUUACAAUAUCAAAAUACAACUAGUAACAAUAACAAUAACAAUAACAAUAACAAUAACAACAAUAUUGUCAAUGGUACCACAGCAACAGCUAAUGCUGCAGGUAAUAGUGCGAAUCCACAAAUUCCAUAUUAUUACUUCUAUAAUCCGCAAUUGCCAUUUCAAUAUCCACCAUUAACUGCACCCUACUAUUAUUAUCCAGGAGAUAAUAAAUCAACGGCAACUGCAAACAAUAACCAUUCUAGUAACAGUACUACUAAUAAUGGCACUACACCUUACUUCCCCCUAAUACCUACGCCACCUCCACCAUUACACUCAAUGAAACAAGAGAUGCCACAACAGCGACAACAACAAAUGCCCGUAAUCCCCACAAUUUCGACACCAUCAUCGAUUAAAAACGGGUAUGUGUAUCCUGGGUUUCAACAAAAUGAACAAGAGCCAAAGACGUACAAGAUUAGAACUUCCAAUGAUGAAACGGACGAAAAUAGUUUACCUAGAGUAACAACAACAAUAUGGGAAGAUGAAAACACCUUAUGUUACCAGGUGGAAGCCAACGGUGUAUCUGUCGUAAGAAGAGCGGACAAUGAUAUGAUUAAUGGUACGAAAUUAUUGAAUGUUACGAAGAUGACAAGAGGUAGAAGAGAUGGUAUUUUGAAAGCGGAGAAAAUUAGACACGUCGUUAAAAUUGGAUCAAUGCAUUUAAAAGGUGUUUGGAUUCCAUUUGAAAGAGCAAGAUAUAUGGCUGAAAAAGAGAAAAUUUUAGAUCUUCUUUAUCCGUUGUUCGUCAAGGACAUCGGCAAGAUGUUAAACUGCAAUAAUACUGGUGACAACAAUACUAACAUUUAUGACAAUAAUGAGAAUGUAAUGAAUGAUGAAAAAAGUAGAGUAUCAAUUGGUAUCUUAAAGGGAUGA